UCCGUCCGCAUCGCACCUCUGUCCCGCCACUUGAACUCCAUUUUAAACAGGAAACCCAAACAUAAAAAACGCAUUAGUCUGGGCCCGGAUCUUUUACGGUUUUCGCCGUGGGUCAAUAACUAAGUUUCCGUUUCAUGCUGGUGCGCUCAAGAGAAGAAGAGGAGGCACGGAACUUUGAGAGGCUCUUAGCAAGGAGUAAGGAGCGCGUGGAGCUCCCAUCUCUCAGCGGGUUUAUUAGUCUGUGGCCAGACCACCGAGGUGGAUGGGGAUGGAAUAACUUUUCCUACUUCUGUUGAACAAACCGGAGUGCGAGCGCGUGUGAGGGACGGAGAGACAAGAACCGUUGUACGCUUUGGAGACGGGAAUGCCAGGCUGUCCUCCGUGUCGAAGAGCGUAGCGGCUAUGAGGAGAGAGCUCUACCGGCUGGGCUGAACGACACCACACCGCACCAACAGAAUGCGGGAGCGGUGCAUUUGUGGAGUGGGUUUGUGGAGCCUGCUGUUGUCCCUGUGCCUGGCGUCUCUCACACACGCUCACCGAAGCCACACGGUGCAUGUGAAGGCGGGGACCUGUGAGGUGAUCGCGGCCCAUCGCUGCUGUAACAAGAACAAGAUCGAGGAGAGAUCUCAGACCGUCAAGUGUUCCUGCUUCCCUGGACAAGUUGCUGGGACCACCCACGCCAUGCCUUCCUGUGUCGAUGCCUCCAUUGUAGCCCAGAAGUGGUGGUGUCAAAUGCAGCCGUGUAUGGAGGGAGAGGAGUGCAAAGUUCUCCCUGACCUCACAGGCUGGAGCUGCAGCACAGGCAACAAAGUGAAGACCACCAAGGUGACCCGAUAGUCCCACUCAUCUGGACCAGACACAGUAAACAGCAGUGGAGUUACUUACACAGCACAAUGGACCCAACCAUAGCAGGACAAAAUGCACUCAAACAAACUGCUUUAUGGAUGCAGUAAUAGUUUCAUUUUUCUGAAGAUAUCAAAGACGAUGUGGCCACAGAGAUAGGACUCUGACACUGACUGCCAUCUUUACACACACACAUCAAGGACCGCAUUACCCACAAUCCUUUACUUCAACUGGAAAGGUGUUCAAAACAAAACUGGAUCAGAAGGCAAGAGAUCACCCGGCGACAAAAGCUCUUUCUUCCAGUGUGUCCAUAUGGAAAGUAUAAGGAAUUUACAUUUGAAUUCUUACCAUAAUCGCUUCAAAAAGGUGCACAAAAUGGCUGUUUCAUGUUGCCGGAAUGACACAAUGAUUAUGUAACUGUGCCACAUGUGACACAUGCUGUCCAAAAGUAUCUCAGAUAAACUUUUGUUGUUUUCCAAUUUUACUAUAUAAUAAAAGUUUCCUUAUUUUCUGUUGUGGCUGACCAACCUCCAUUUUUGUAACAGCAGAAACAGUUUUAUCAUUUCUUUCAUUUUAAUUUUUUGGGGAACAAAAUCCUUUCAAGGGUAAUCUUAGACUAAUCCCACGUAGAUGUUGCGGUAUAUUGAAACAUGUAAACGUGUAAAAAUGGUCCAUGGAAUCAAUGGGGCUAAUACAAAAGGUUGCUCUUCUGGUUUCUUAU